AUGAUCGAAGGACAGUAUUGGAAGCCACCUCUAGAGAAGACCUCGGGAUUUCCUGGUACUACAAAACCUUUCCGCCGCUCGCCGUGCCCUGCCCUCAACACUCUUUGUAACUGUGGUCAUCUAAAGCGAAACGGCCAGAACAUUACCAAAGCAGAGAUUCGCCAUGCAAUUCAAACGCAAUUUGGCCAUGAUGAUGAAGUCGUAAAUCUGCUUUUGUCAGGUUUGCCUGAUAAGCUUUCGCUCAAUGAUUUGUCCUCGAUGGGACAUCCUAUCUCACUUUCUCGCCGCCCUGAAUACACAGGAGUCGAUCCUGCAAUAGUCGAUCUGGGCUUAGUCAAAGACCUUACCAGUCGAGCCAAAAAUGGCUUUUUAUCGGCAGAGUCGGUAGGGCAUACUUACAAGGCUCGUCGCGAAAUGUUUCAGAAGGAUCCAAGAUUUCAUUUGACUCCACAGCAGGCGCGCCAAGCUUAUGGUCAGGGUUCGGGUGCUGUACUGGUCUUCGGCAGUAAAAUGAACAAUAACACCGUUUCAGUGAGCGUUAUCAAUGACUUCUUCAUAAACGAAAAGUUCCCUGCCGGUUGGAAGCGCGCAUCCGUGAUUCACCUUGAUGAGUCAAAAAAAAUGACAGACGAGAUUCAAGCAGCGGCCCAGUAA